UUUGGCGAUCCAUUGAGAGGAGGGUUUUAAAAGAGGCUCCUUUGUGCCAUCUCUGGACAGAUUGGGGGUCUAUUCAUUUGCAUCUCAUUAGCUAUGCAGGCGGCAGGCUCCAUAUAAAGAGGCAAUACCCUCCUAAUGCUUUAAUUUGCUUUUUCUGUUUGUGGGACAUCAAGCCAAGAGACAGACCUGAGAAGACUCUUAACCAACUGGAAUUAAACACUGGGACUUGGAACACUUACUAUCAAGGAAGACAUUUUUAUUCUUCACGUUUAUUUGGAUUUUUAUAUGAUUUUAAAAAACAAAAACAAAACUGAUUCUCUAUUCACUAUGGGCCUGAAGAUGAAGUAAAGGUGGAUUAGAAAAUCAUUCUACGAUUUAAGUCUUUACCUUAACUCCAGUCUCCACCUUUCUUGCUAUUCAUAAUAUCUGUCACUCGAUCAAAGGGCGUAUCUAUAUAUAUAAAAAACAGAUUUGAAAAGGGAAAGCCCAGAUCUGAGACUAGCAGUGUAUGCUAGGACAAGCCUCUGGCACCCGGAUUGCAUGAUACAGUCUGCUGGAACAGCCUUCUGACACCCUUAGCAGCUCUGCCAGGCUACUAACCAGUCAGCAUGGGACGCCAAUCCACACUGAGCCUCAUCAUUCUCUGUGCCCUGCUUCACCAGGUAAGGCUGCCUCUGCUAUUACUAGCACCGCUCAUACUGUUAGUCAAUGGAUAUGAAGCAGUGCUGCGGUCUAUGGGGAAAGAACCUGCUACCUGCGGCUUCUAAUUCGAUUGGAAUGGAUUCUACUGAGUGUUCUACCUCAUGUCACAUUUAGUCUGUAUACAUUAUGCGUGCAUACAUUCACAGUAGCUAAACACACAUGCACACUGCUUAUAUAUAUAUGUAUUUUUAAGGCAUUCUUUAGCGGACAUGCAUAUAUAUGUGUGUGGGUGUAUUGACCCACCGUUGAUUUGCGCUAUAUCUUGACAUGUGGGAUGUUUUAUUCCAUGUAGAUCUCUUGCUCUGGACUCUUCGAGUUGAAGUUGCAGGAGUUUAUCAAUAAAAAAGGUCUGCUUGGGAACAAGAACUGCUGCCCAACUGGGACGUCCGGACUGUCCAGCUCCCAGGGGCUGCAACAGUGCGAGUGCAAGACCUUCUUCCGGAUUUGUCUAAAACACUACCAGACCAGCGUGUCCCCGGAACCGCCGUGUACCUACGGCAAUGCUAUCACCCCAGUGCUGGGGUCCAAUUCCUUCAAUGUUCCCGACAGCAGCAGCUCGGAUCCAUCAUUCACUAACCCUAUUCGAUUCCCUUUCGGAUUCACCUGGCCUGUGAGUGAUCACUUUGCAAUGCUUUUACAGAGGGAUAUGUAUUUAUAUAUGUAUUUUCUGGGCUAUGUCAGACCUUUUUGUUUAUUGCUAGCUUACAUAUACACAAUUAUGUUUACUAGUGCUGGCUGUAAAACGCUCAAUGUGUUUCUUUGCCCAAGAGAAACUGGCUGUCAAGAGUUAUAGAAUUCUAAUGGGAUACAUUUUUACAAGAAGCUGUGCAACUGCGUGGUUGUAUGCUAUUAUGUGCUACUUAGGUGAGCAGUGCCUCUAAAAGUGAUAAGUGUAUUAUUUGUUGAGGUGGGUGAAGACAGCAGAGUCUGGCGGCUGGUGAUCAUGCUAGAGUAUACAGAUAACAGUAGCUGAUAAAACAAAAAAUCUGUCUGCAGGGUGGGAUAAGAUUACUGGAGGUGAAAUAAACUCCUGGAUGAAAGAAGUGGUGGCAAAUCAGAUAAAGGCUGAUGGCCUCAGGGGAGGGUUACUUUAUGUGGUUGGGAGAAGGGAGGGGGUUACAGCUGUCUAUACCCUAAGGUGAUGUUUAGUAAGCAAAGCUCAAAGAUAUCCGAAUGAAAAGCCGAGAUUUGUAUGGGAAGGGCGAAUAUAUGGAGAAAACAAGUAUUUUUUAGUAGUUGUUUUUUGUUUGUUUUUUAACAUCUCAAAACGGAACAAGUGUUACGGUGUGGGAAUCGUCACUGCUACUUUUCUUUCCCUCUUGUCUUUGGACCUGGUAGUAUAAUUGUCAGCACAGCGUGAAAUUCCCUAAAGGAUUCAUUUUACAGCUAUCCUCAAUGUGUGAAACUGGGGAAAUUAAGCGUGAACAUUAAUGACAACAGGUCUGCCAGACUUUCUGAUCAUUUUUGUUCUUAAAUAAAAAAUAAAAAUAAAAAAAAAUUAAAAAAACCCUUUCAAUUCAUAUAGCAGACAAAGGGUUAAUGCAAGAACAUACAAAUAUAUAAAUUUUUUACCUCCCAAAAAAUAAUUAUCCAACAAUGAAUUGCUGGCUAUAGACACUUCAUAUGUGUAUUUCAGUAGCAAAUCAAGAGUUAAAAUAUGCUGAAUAAUAAAACAAACAAACUAAAAUGCAGAUACCAGGAAAUAACUUAUAAAGUCCACCCAUUUCCGUAGGAAAAGUGAAUACAUUUAGCCAGCAAAAGGUACUGACAGAGCCUCCUCUAGCCAGGGAGUAGACUCCACUGUGUGAUUUAUCUAAAUCUCUGAUCAUUUUGUAAGUUUGCUAGCUAUACUUUUGUGAGAAUUUGCGGAUUGUUUUAAAUCUUCCCUUCCUUUUUUUUUGCGCAGGGUACAUUUUCUCUUAUCAUUGAAGCACUACAUACAGAUUCUUCAGAUGACCUCAGUACAGGUAAGAAUAUAUAAACUGUCUGAGCGAUUUUAUAUCUUGAGUGAUAGACUUGGAUUGUUUAUAACUCUAUUAUAAACUUCAUUUUCUGACUAGUUUUGUUAAUUUCCUGAGACAAUGAAGCCUUUCACUGCAAGAUGUGAAAUGGAGACACUGCACCAAAUGUUUAUCAAAGCACAGUUACAAAACCCUCCAUGAUUACAUGUGAGGCCCUACAAUGAGGUGAGAAGGAUUUAACACCUUUCUUGAAGCUUUGAUCUGUUUGGUGGAGUGAAAACCAUGAAUGAUUUUGCCAGUGAUGUGUAAAUUGUUUAACUCACAGUUACAUAGCAUGUAAUUGGUGUAUUAAUCCAAGUGUGAUAUAAUAAUAAAUGAUGCUUCAAAUGCUAUGUUAUAUUUAAACUGUAAAAUCAUAUCUAUAAGUAUAUCACAAAACAUGAAUAACCAAAUGUCCUUUGCCAUUUGCGCAUCCACUGCAAUUAAUCCUGUUUUUGUUCUUUUUACAGAGAACCUAGAUCGUCUGAUCAGUCGUCUCACCACCCAGAGGCACUUGACUGUGGGUGAAGAAUGGUCUCAGGAUUUGCACAGUAGUGGCCGAACCGAGCUCAAGUACUCAUACCGCUUUGUGUGUGAUGAACACUACUAUGGAGAAGGUUGCUCUGACUACUGUCGUCCCAGGGAUGAUGCUUUUGGUCACUUUUCUUGUGGUGAAAAGGGAGAAAAAGUCUGUAACCCAGGAUGGAAAGGACAGUACUGCACUGAACGUAAGUCCUGUGACACUAAAAGUAAACAUGCUGUAAUUGUGCUAGUUCAAUGUAAAAGAAAACCUGCCUCUUCUUAAACAGCAGUGUUUUUGUAGAAACCCAAUAUAAGGAAGCAGAAAAUUUCCUGUGUUUCAUUGCUUGUUUUCACACUGAUCUGGUUUAUAGAUGUAGCAUUCAAACUCUUACAUCUUAUAUACAUGUUUAUUUCAUAGGUAUACUCAUUACUCACAGUCACUUCUUUAUUGUUCUGUGUACCAUUUGUGCACCCAGUGUCACAUUGCUGUGUAAAUUAUGCACUGCCUGCUUAAAAAGCUUGUCUUAAGCAAGGGAAGUAGGAAGACCUCCUCCCCCUUCCCCCACUGUUCUUUGUGAGUCUGGUGCCCCUCAUUCUUCUGGGAACUUUGGACCAUUUAUUUGAAUGAUAAUAAUAAUGAAAAGUUUGAAGAGAAAUCACACGCGUGCCAUAGAUUAGAUCUUUACUGUGAUUGGAAGGAGAGGGAGCACCCCUGUCUCUGACUGGCUAAAGGGAGUGAGGUAUUGUUGCAGAAGGGCAGCUGCUGAGAGAGAAUAGACAAUAGAGCAGCUGUCCUGUACUGGCACCCUGCACACCAGCUGUCCACUCUUAUCUGCACACACUCCCUGGGAUAUAAGGGGUGGAACCGUGUGUAUAGAAUUAGAGAAAAAAAGGACUUCUGACCCUCAGUGGGAAAAAAGUGUGUUUAAAGGGGGAGGGGAAAUGAGGAUUGUGAGCUCUCUUUUGUCUGUGUGUAAAUUUAUUAAAGAGAAUGCUUGUUUGCGAGUGACCAAUAAAGUAGCCAGUUAUCACACAGGAUCAGUAACUCAACAGUAUGUGGAGAUUAUCUGAUUUGUUAUUAACACUGCUGAACAACAUCAUUAUGUUUUGUGCUGCUAGUGACAGAUUUUGGUGUUUAUAUUGUGUUUUUUUGUUUGUUUUUUUACAGCCAUUUGUUUACCUGGAUGUGAUGAACAUCAUGGAUAUUGUGAUAAACCUGGGGAAUGCAAGUAAGUUUCUAUUUAGCUAAACAUUUUCUUCUUUUUCUUUCUCUCUCUCUCUCUCGCUCUCUCUCUCUCUUUUGACACACUGGUAACUGAUAUGUAACUGUAUCUAUGUUGUUUUUUCUGUCCAGAUGCAGAGUUGGUUGGCAAGGUCGCUACUGUGAUGAAUGCAUUCGCUACCCGGGAUGUCUGCAUGGGACCUGUCAGCAGCCCUGGCAAUGCAACUGCCAGGAAGGUUGGGGCGGCCUUUUCUGCAACCAAGGUGAGCUUGCAUUUUUUACAGGCAAUACGCAGCAUGUGUAAAUCACCAUUUCUUAAAUUAUGGAAACUGUGAGUUUGAAAGAAUACCAUGAAGCACAUUUUAAUAUUUCAAUUUUCUUCCUACAGAUCUUAAUUACUGCACUCACCACAAACCUUGCAAGAACGGAGCUACUUGCACCAAUACUGGUCAAGGAAGCUACACUUGCUCCUGCCGUGCUGGGUACACAGGGUCCAACUGCGAGAUUGAAAUAAAUGAAUGUGAUACAAACCCUUGCAAGAAUGGAGGCAGCUGCACUGUAAGUAUACUUGGCUUAAUAGAGGCACAAUUAACAUAUUUUGAUUUAUACACUAAUUAUGGUGUUUAUAUAUGAAACAGCAGGCGGUAAUGAGUUAAGAAACAAGCAUGCAAAAUAUAGGCUAAUAUAUCCACGUUAGAAAAAAAAAUAUAUAAUUCAUUUAAAUUGGAGGGUUUUUCAACUAUGCCUUUUUUUUUUUACAUUUUUCAUCUUGCAAGCGAAAUAUCAUCACACCAUGAGGCACUUUUUUGUGUAAAUAGUUCCCACUGCUGAACCUUUUUUGCACAUUUACAUAUAUGUGUUUCAAAGCACAACCCAGAAAACUGAGAAUUACCUGAUCUGACAUCUGCAUUUUUCUUUUCAUGUGUUGUGAUAUCAAAAAUAUAUACAGGGAACGUACAUGCUUUACCUACGAUUGCCUCACAUGUAAUACAUUUAACACUGUAAUAUAUAUUUGAGAAUACUGCCUAGAAUAUUGAUAAACUUAUGUUAAGUGGUCAACAACUUAAAAGCAGUAAUCUAUAUGAAACAAUUGUAGAAAUCACAUUUCACUUAAAUGCAAGGGUUAUUUCAGCUUAUCUGGUGAUUAAUGUAUAAGCAGGGUUAAUAAGUAUCCAGAUUAGUUUUUUUCUGCUGUGUUAAACCCAUGUCACAACUUCUUCCCCUUUGUUUUGACAGGACUUGGAGAAUAGUUAUUCAUGUUCCUGCCCACCAGGUUUCUAUGGUAAAAACUGUGAGCUCAGUGCCAUGACCUGUGCGGAUGGACCAUGCUUUAAUGGUGGGAGGUGCACUGAUAAUCCAGAUGGUGGAUACAGCUGCCUUUGCCCAGUGGGAUACUCUGGAUUCAACUGUGAGAAGAAAAUUGACUACUGCAGCUCUAACCCAUGUGUAAAUGGUAAGUUAAGACCACAGUUUAAUUGGCUGCACCAUCCAUCCAAUCUAACAGUAAUAUAAAAUAUACUCUAUAAAUUCUCACACCUUCAUUUAAAAAGUUCAAGAAUUGUCUGGCAAAAUCGUAACCAGACAAAGUCAACCACUAUGGGGAGAUUUAUCGAAUUGUUCUGUUCUAAAAAGUGGUGCAAAAAUGUAAAAGGAGAGUAGUCACCUAUGCAACGUGCCUGCUGGUUCCACAGUGAUUGCCCCACUUUUAGUACUUUAGAACAGAACACUUUGAUAAAUCUCCUCCAGUGACUCUUUCUUUCUGUGAGCAAAAGGUGACAUGUAAGCAAGUUUAUGAUUUAAUGUAUAACAUGCAGUCAAUUUAGAUAAAUGUGCAUUUAUUAACCUUUUUGUUACUUGGCUGUGUUACAGGUGCUCGCUGUGAAGAUCUUGGAAAUUCCUAUAUAUGUCAGUGCCAGGAGGGUUUCUCUGGGAAGCACUGUGAUGAUAACUUGGAUGACUGUGCGUUGUUUCCAUGCCAGAAUGGUGGAACAUGCCAAGAUGGGAUUAAUGACUACUCUUGCACCUGCCCUCCUGGGUACACUGGAAAGAACUGCAGUAUGCCAGUAAGCAAAUGUGAGCACAAUCCAUGCCAUAAUGGGGCAACAUGUCAUGAGAGGAAUAACCGAUAUGCCUGUGAGUGUGCUCGAGGCUAUGGGGGUCUUAAUUGUCAGUUCUUACUCCCUGAGCAGACCCAGGAGAGUACUGCUGUUGUUGACUUCACCGAAAGGUAUACAGAUGGACAGAAUGGACAGUUUCCAUGGAUUGCAGUGUGUGCUGGCAUUAUCUUGGUGCUGAUGCUACUGCUAGGCUGUGCUGCUGUGAUUGUCUGUGUGCGAAUUAAGGCACAGAAGAGACGCCAGAGUCCUGGUACUUGUCAUGGAGAGGCAAAGACUAUGAAUAACUUGGCAAACUGUCAGAGAGAGAAAGAUAUUUCUGUGAGCAUCAUUGGCACUAGCCAGAUUAAAAACACUAAUAAGAAAGUGGACUUUCUCAGUGAAAGCAAUACUGACAAAAAUGGUUACAAGACCAGGUACUCUACUGUGGAUUACAAUUUGGUUCAUGAGCUGAAACAUGAAGAAUCUUCAAAGGAGGAUCGUAGGAAAUGUGAGGCCAAGUGCGUCUCAAGCGACUCCGAUGCAGAAGACCCACCCUCAGUACAUUUAAAAAGGUAUGCUUACUGAUUUUUAAAUCUUUUAUUCUUAAGUAUUAUGUAUUCUUUCUGAUAUGUCUGCAACAAUAACUUUGUACUAACUUUUUAAAAUGUAUUACUCUUAGUGAUUCAUCAGAAAGAAGGCGAGCAGAUUCUGUCUACUCCACAUCAAAAGACACAAAAUAUCAGUCGGUAUAUGUCAUAUCAGAUGAAAAAGAUGAAUGCAUCAUUGCAACUGAGGUUAGUAUCCACUAAAUUGUUUCACUUUUCGAAAACUAUUAUUAAAAAUUGACAUUCACAAAUGAAUAGGAUAUGCCACAGCGUUUUCAUCAAGAGACAUAUAGAGCAUCAUAAAACACAAGAGAAUUUCAUACUUUAACUGAACUGGAAAUUUUGCUACUUGUCUGCUUUCCAGCUCAUCUAUUUUGUUUGAAAAUGUGUAAUAAAUUAGAUUUGCAACAAAAACUUGCUAGUUUGGGUGUCUUUUGCUUGUUACAUUUCAGUUUGUCACCCAGUCCAAAAAACAUGAUGUUGCAUUUAUUUUAUUGUAAUAAUAUAUUUAUGGUAAUAUGUCAGUUCUGUUUAAAAUUUGUUCAGUAGUUCGUCUUUCAUAUGCUAAAAAGUGAGAAAAUGACCUAUUAUUUUCCAUGUAAGACAUUUUUUAAAAUAACGCAUAAAUAAACAUAAAUGGAAAUUAGAUUUUUAUAAAUAGAAUACAGACACCAUUAUACACAUUUUCGUUCUAAUCACACCAGAAGCAAACAUAUGUCCAAUGACUUCUAGGAAUCUAACAUUUGUCGGAGAUUGCAAUGUUUAGUAUAGGCAAAGCAUUUUAUUAAGCAAAUGUGCUUUAAAAGCUCCUUAAUAAUUGUCUAAUAUACUCUUUCUCUUUCUUUUUACAGGUGUAAUAUGGAUGCUGUACAACCCAAGGUCUUGUCAGAUAUUCAGAGUUGAAGCCCAUGUGAAUGCUGCUGAUGAAAGAGAAGAGGGACAUCCCUUUGUUGACUGCUGCUGAGACACUAAAUUCAGUCUGAGCUGGUUCUCUACUGAAAUUAGCAAAAUUACUACAAAACAAAAUGGACACCCCAAGCUAGUCUCUGUGUCCAGACACAAACUGUUGCACUGCCAUUUCUGUACUUCUCCAUUGCACUAUGGACGGUUGCUUUUUUAAUUAAUAUACAUAUAUAUAUGUAUAAAUAUAUAUUUAAUGAAUGGACUUCUACGUUCUGCCGAAGAGUGCACUGCCUGAGUUGUAUAUUUUGGAUUCAUUUGAGCCACUUCGUUGCUAAACUUCAGACAGACACUGCCUUCAUGUGUAUUUUGAUACUGAAAGAUGUUUUCUACUAGGUCAAAAAAUGUAUGCUAUUUUUUGAACUUGUAAAACUAUUUUUACGAUAUUUGUAAAGCUUGAGUAUUUGUGAUGUUCAUUUUCUUAAUUUAAACUUUGGUAAAUAUGUACAAAGGCACUUCGGGUCUAUGUGACUAUAUUUUUUUGUAUAUAUAUGUAUUUAUGGAAUAUUGUGCAAAUGGUAAUUGAUUUUUUUCUACUGGUUUUUGUUAAUGAAGGAAUUCAUUUUUAAACUAUUUUUCCAAAAU